AUGAAUGGCAUGGACGACAACGAAGACGAGCACAACUUUUCCGACGAUGAUGAUUUCGGGAAUCUCGAAGAUGACGCCUUGCAAAAGCUCGAGCACAAUGCGAUUCUUUCUACACAGAGAGCAGCCGCAUCGCAGCGGCCUGCUUCCCUCAAGACGGUGCCUCUGCCUCAGAGCCGCAACUUUGCGAACGUUCAACCACAUCUGCAGCAUGCCAUCAUAGAUCCUUUCGACCAUGAUGAUGACUUCGAGCUUGUUGAGCCAGAUCAGGUGCCCACGCCCGUCGAAUAUAUCGAGCGGCCUACAUACAAUCACAGUCGGCCACCUGGCGAGACCACGCAGAGGGAACAGGCAAGGCUGCAAAAAUAUGGCAACUCUACUUCAUACUCCCGCAAUUAUGGUCCACCACCACAGCAGCGAGGGUACCAGCGCAAUGCGCCUCAGCAGACCACGACAACGAACAUGUACAAUGCGAGCCGCACCACGUCGGCCACCUAUAGUGCUGCGAACGAUGUGAGCCGCACAAUGUCGACCACGUUUGUUGCUGCGAACGAUAUGGGUCCAGUCCAAGCUGAUCUGGCAAGCUCAAAAAUAGAAGAGCUCAUGAAAGAGCGUGAUGCACUGAUGGCCCAGCUGCAAGAGGCCAAGGAUCAGGUCAUGACAAAGGUUGGAGAGAUCUCGAUCAUCAGGGAGAACAAAGACAAGGAGACGAAAGUGUAUGAUCGACAGUUGGCAGCAAUGAAGAAAUCCAUGCAAGAAGAGUCCGCUCGGCAAAGGACUGCUAUUGAGUCCUUGACGUCGAAGCACAACUCACUCAUCACCGAAUAUAACAUGACAAAGGACGACCUGAAAGAAGAAACUCGCCGAAUCAAGACUCUGGAGAGUCGACUGAAGGACAAGUCUGCCAACAAGCAGGAUGGAGCUGUGCUCACGCCGAAGAAGCAAAGGCCUGCAAAUUCCUUGCGAGACGGCUUCGAUGACGACGAGGUAAUGGUCAUGUCUCCUUCGAAGUCCGCGCCUCGCCGUUCGAAGCCUAAUACUCCUACUGUGCCGGGCAAGAAGAAACGCAAGGUAGAUGCCAGUCCGGUGAAACCACUCGUUCUAUGGCAGCCAGAUGAUACGCCACAGCAUCACGGACAAGACUUCCCGCAGAUUGUCUCGGGCUACACCGUACCAAUCAUUCAGAAGGACAAGCAGACCGCACGAGAUUUAAAGUUGAUUCAGAAAGUCAUCAACUACCAGCCCAGGUCUAAAUCGGGGAAAUUGAUUGAGGUACUGAUCGCCUUUAAACUACCCAGCCGUCCGAAUCAGUCGUUCUCAAGCAUCGUCCUUGACGCCGUCGCUCGCCUGCAUGGUCCUGGACUGGCAACGGAUCUGCUACAGAUCUUCAUCGACUUGUGGGCUCAAUCGAUAGCCGAGAAAUACUACGAUUGUGUAGGCCUACUCAUAGAGGUGGUGGACUACAUUGCCGACCUACGUGCAUCGGUGGUCGGCAAGAGUGUCAUCGCAAGCCUUCUUCCGGUCUUGCAGGACUCUGCAUCUAUCAACGGUUCUGCUCGCUUCAAGCAUUCGCCUGUGUAUCGUGCGAACUUUGGGCAGUUCAGACAGACUCCGGCCUCUGCCUUGAAUCCUCUUGUGGACACCACAGUAUGUCUCGAACUGCUAUACAAGGUCGCAGGGCUAUGUCUGGACUCAGAAGAGUUGAUUGACCACUUCUGGCGAUUGAUGUCAACCGAGUUUGUGUUGAUGAUGCUCAACAUCUGGCAGCCGAUACCUGACAUUACGUUGAUGCUUCACUUGCUUGCCACGUCUAUCUUUCAUACAACGUUCGGAAACAUCUGCUCAGACACCUCAACGCAAAGUACUAUGGAAAACCAUAUUGUCGCACGAGUCUCAUCCCUGUUGUGGGAAACGCCAAAGGUCGACGAAGGACUUCCUAGCCCAUCAAGGUCAGAUCUUUGUCGUUUCCGGCUUGAAGCAUUAGCUCUACUGUCCAGUCUGGCCUGUGAGCCAGCGCUUCUUACAGAAGACGGUCAGCAUCACCACGGAUCGAUUCUUCUGGCAUCCCAUCCAUCCGCCAUCGCUCGACUUGUUCGAGUUCUGUAUGAUUCUGUCGCGGGUUUAUACUUGAUGACACCCUCGUCUCCGCUCUAUGCUCAAAUCAUCAACCACGGAGUGCAACUGUUGUACCACAUAAUGACGCAGCAUGGCGAGGAGAUCGAUCUCCAACAGAAGCUGGCAGCAGUCAAUGGAGGUGUGCACAAGCAUCGGGUUGUAUUGACGAGACUGGCAUUUAGCGAAGGUUGGUUCAUAGACUCUGAUGUGACUGAUGAGACAUGUGCGAUGGCAACUGCGAUGCUGGAGGACAGUGUCACUCCAGACGAGGCCGAGAUGAUGAUUCAAGCGUUUCCAGGCUUCAAUGGGCGGAGGAGAGAAAGGGUGACACAGCAGCAGUCUGGUAAUGAUGACAGCAUGGUAGGGGUCGAGUGA